AUGGUUGGUAAGCAAGUGCAAGGGAGGGCAGGGCUAAGGGCAUUGAGCAGGGAGCACACGAAUGUGGUGCACACUGGCACGAAUGUGGUGCACACUGGCACGAAUGUGGUGCACAGUGGCACGAAUGUGGUGCACAGUGGCACGAAUGUGGUGCACACUGACACGAAUGUGGUGCACAGUGGCACGAAUGUGGUGCACAGUGGCACGAAUGUGGUGCACACUGGCACGAAUGUGGUGCACAGUGGCAUGAAUGUGGUGCACACUGGCACGAAUGUGGUGCACACUGGCACGAAUGUGGUGCACGCUGGCACGAAUGUGGUGCACACUGGCACGAAUGUGGUGCACACUGGCACGAAUGUGGUGCACACUGGCACGAAUGUGGUGCACACUGGCACGAAUGUGGUGCACACUGGCACGAAUGUGGUGCACACUGGCACGAAUGUGGUGCACACUGGCACGAAUGUGGUGCACACUGGCACGAAUGUGGUGCACAGUGGCACGAAUGUGGUGCACACUGGCACGAAUGUAGUGCGCACUGGCACGAAUGUGGUGCACACUGGCACGAAUGUGGUGCACACUGGCACGAAUGUGGUGCACACUGGCACGAAUGUGGUGCACACUGGCACGAAUGUGGUGCACACUGGCACGAAUGUGGUGCACACUGGCACGAAUGUGGUGCACAGUGGCACAAAUGUGGUGCACACUGGCACGAAUGUGGUGCACAGUGGCAUGAAUGUGGUGCACACUGGCACGAAUGUGGUGCACAGUGGCACGAAUGUGGUGCACACUGGCACGAAUGUGGUGCACACUGGCACGAAUGUGGUGCACACUGGCACGAAUGUGGUGCACACUGGCACGAAUGUGGUGCACACUGGCACGAAUGUGGUGCACACUGGCACGAAUGUGGUGCACAGUGGCACGAAUGUGGUGCACACUGGCACGAAUGUGGUGCACACUGGCACGAAUGUGGUGCACACUGGCACGAAUGUGGUGCACACUGGCACGAAUGUGGUGCACACUGGCACGAAUGUGGUGCACACUGGCACGAAUGUGGUGCACACUGGCACGAAUGUGGUGCACACUGGCACGAAUGUGGUGCACACUGGCACGAAUGUGGUGCACACUGGCACGAAUGUGGUGCACACUGGCACGAAUGUGGUGCACACUGGCACGAAUGUGGUGCACAGUGGCACGAAUGAGGUGCACAUUGGCACGAAUGUGGUGCACACUGGCACGAAUGUGGUGCACAGUGGCACAAAUGUGGUGCACACUGGCACGAAUGUGGUGCACAGUGGCAUGAAUGUGGUGCACACUGGCACGAAUGUGGUGCACAGUGGCACGAAAGUGGUGCACACUGGCACGAAUGUGGUGCACACUGGCACGAAUGUGGUGCACAGUGGCACGAAUGUGGUGCACACUGGCACGAAUGUGGUGCACACUGGCACGAAUGUGGUGCACACUGGCACGAAUGUGGUGCACAGUGGCACGAAUGUGGUGCACACUGCCACGAAUGUGGUGCACACUGGCACGAAUGUGGUGCACACUGGCACGAAUGUGGUGCACAGUGGCACGAAUGUGGUGCACACUGGCACGAAUGUGGUGCACACUGGCACGAAUGUGGUGCACACUGGCACGAAUGUGGUGCACAGUGGCACGAAUGUGGUGCACACUGCCACGAAUGUGGUGCACACUGGCACGAAUGUGGUGCACACUGGCACGAAUGUGGUGCACAGUGGCACGAAUGUGGUGCACACUGGCACGAAUGUGGUGCACACUGGCACGAAUGUGGUGCACACUGGCACGAAUGUGGUGCACACUGGCACGAAUGUGGUGCACAGUGGCACGAAUGAGGUGCACACUGGCACGAAUGUGGUGCACACUUGCACGAAUGUGGUGCACACUGGCACGAAUGUGGUGCACACUGGCACGAAUGUGGUGCACACUGGCACGAAUGUGGUGCACACUAGCACGAAUGUGGUGCACAGUGGCACAAAUGUGGUGCACACUGGCACGAAUGUGGUGCACACUGGCACGAAUGUGGUGCACACUGGCACGAAUGUGGUGCACACUGGCACGAAUGUGGUGCACACUGGCACGAAUGUGGUGCACACUGGCACGAAUGUGGUGCACACUGGCACGAAUGUGGUGCACACUGGCACGAAUGUGGUGCACACUGGCACGAAUGUGGUGCACAGUGGCACGAAUGUGGUGCACACUGGCACGAAUGUGGUGCACACUGGCAUGAAUGUGGUGCACACUGGCACGAAUGUGGUGCACACUGGCACGAAUGUGGUGCACACUGGCACGAAUGUGGUGCACACUGGCACGAAUGUGGUGCACAGUGGCACGAAUGUGGUGCACACUGGCACGAAUAUGGUGCACACUGGCACGAAUGUGGUGCACACUGGCACGAAUGUGGUGCACACUGGCACGAAUGUGGUGCACACUGGCACGAAUGUGGUGCACACUGGCACGAAUGUGGUGCACACUGGCACGAAUGUGGUGCACACUGGCACGAAUGAGGUGCACAUUGGCAUGAAUGUGGUGCACACUAGCACGAAUGUGGUGCACACUGGCACCAAUGUGGUGCACACUGCCACGAAUGUGGUGCACAGUGGCACGAAUGUGGUGCACAGUGGCACGAAUGUGGUGCACAGUGGCACGAAUGUGGUGCACACUGGCACGAAUGUGGUGCACACUGGCACGAAUGUGGUGCUCACUGGCACGAAUGUGGUGCACACUGGCACGAAUGUGGUGCACACUGGCACAAAUGUGGUGCACACUGGCACGAAUGUGGUGCACAGUGGCACGAAUGUGGUGCACACUGGCACGAAUGUGGUGCACACUGGCACGAAUGUGGUGCACAGUGGCACGAAUGUGGUGCACACUGGCACGAAUGUGGUGCACACUGGCACGAAUGUGGUGCACACUGGCACGAAUGUGGUGCACACUGGCACGAAUGUGGUGCACACUGGCACGAAUGUGGUGCACACUAGCACGAAUGUGGUGCACACUGGCACGAAUGUGGUGCACACUGGCACGAAUGUGGUGCACAGUGGCACGAAUGUGGUGCACAGUUGCACGAAUGUGGUGCACACUGGCACGAAUGUGGUGCACACUGGCACGAAUGUGGUGCACAGUGGCACGAAUGUGGUGCACACUGGCACGAAUGUGGUGCACACUAGCACGAAUGUGGUGCACACUGGCACGAAUGUGGUGCACACUGGCACGAAUGUGGUGCACACUGGCACGAAUGUGGUGCACACUGGCACGAAUGUGGUGCACAGUGGCACGAAUGUGGUGCACACUGGCACGAAUGUGGUGCACAGUGGCAUGAAUGUGGUGCACACUGGCACGAAUGUGGUGCACACUGGCACGAAUGUGGUGCACACUGGCACGAAUGUGGUGCACACUGGCACGAAUGUGGUGCACAGUGGCACGAAUGUGGUGCACACUGGCACGAAUGUGGUGCACACUGCCACGAAUGUGGUGCACAGUGGCACGAAUGUGGUGCACAGUGGCACGAAUGUGGUGCACAGUGGCACGAAUGUGGUGCACACUGGCACGAAUGUGGUGCACACUGGCACGAAUGUGGUGCUCACUGGCACGAAUGUGGUGCACACUGGCACGAAUGUGGUGCACACUGGCACAAAUGUGGUGCACACUGGCACGAAUGUGGUGCACAGUGGCACGAAUGUGGUGCACACUGGCACGAAUGUGGUGCACACUGGCACGAAUGUGGUGCACAGUGGCACGAAUGUGGUGCACACUGGCACGAAUGUGGUGCACACUGGCACGAAUGUGGUGCACACUGGCACGAAUGUGGUGCACACUGGCACGAAUGUGGUGCACACUAGCACGAAUGUGGUGCACACUGGCACGAAUGUGGUGCACACUGGCACGAAUGUGGUGCACAGUGGCACGAAUGUGGUGCACAGUGGCACGAAUGUGGUGCACACUGGCACGAAUGUGGUGCACACUGGCACGAAUGUGGUGCACAGUGGCACGAAUGUGGUGCACACUGGCACGAAUGUGGUGCACACUAGCACGAAUGUGGUGCACACUGGCACGAAUGUGGUGCACACUGGCACGAAUGUGGUGCACACUGGCACGAAUGUGGUGCACACUGGCACGAAUGUGGUGCACAGUGGCACGAAAGUGGUGCACACUGGACCGAAUGUGGUGCACACUGGCACGAAUGUGGUGCACAGUGGCACGAAUGUGGUGCACACUGGCACGAAUGUGGUGCACACUGGCACGAAUGUGGUGCACACUGGCACGAAUGUGGUGCACAGUGGCACGAAUGUGGUGCACACUGCCACGAAUGUGGUGCACACUGGCACGAAUGUGGUGCACACUGGCACGAAUGUGGUGCACACUGGCACGAAUGUGGUGCACACUGGCACGAAUGUGGUGCACACAGGCACGAAUGUGGUGCACAGUGGCACGAAUGUGGUGCACAGUGGCACGAAUGUGGUGCACACUGGCACGAAUGUGGUGCACACUGGCACGAAUGUGGUGCACACUGGCACGAAUGUGGUGCACACUGGCACGAAUGUGGUGCACACUGGCACGAAUGUGGUGCACAGUGGCACGAAUGAGGUGCACAUUGGCACGAAUGUGGUGCACACUUGCACGAAUGUGGUGCACACUGGCACGAAUGUGGUGCACACUGGCACGAAUGUGGUGCACACUGGCACGAAUGUGGUGCACACUGGCACGAAUGUGGUGCACACUGGCACGAAUGUGGUGCACACUGGCACGAAUGUGGUGCACACUGGCACGAAUGUGGUGCACAGUGGCACGAAUGUGGUGCACACUGGCACGAAUGUGGUGCACACUGGCAUGAAUGUGGUGCACACUGGCACGAAUGUGGUGCACACUGGCACAAAUGUGGUGCACACUGGCACGAAUGUGGUGCACACUGGCACGAAUGUGGUGCACAGUGGCACGAAUGUGGUGCACACUGGCACGAAUAUGGUGCACACUGGCACGAAUGUGGUGCACACUGGCACGAAUGUGGUGCACACUGGCACGAAUGUGGUGCACACUGGCACGAAUGUGGUGCACACUGGCACGAAUGUGGUGCACACUGGCACGAAUGUGGUGCACAGUGGCACGAAUGAGGUGCACAUUGGCACGAAUGUGGUGCACACUAGCACGAAUGUGGUGCACACUGGCACCAAUGUGGUGCACACUGCCACGAAUGUGGUGCACAGUGGCACGAAUGUGGUGCACAGUGGCACGAAUGUGGUGCACAGUGGCACGAAUGUGGUGCACACUGGCACGAAUGUGGUGCACACUGGCACGAAUGUGGUGCUCACUGGCACGAAUGUGGUGCACACUGGCACGAAUGUGGUGCACACUGGCACGAAUGUGGUGCACACUAGCACGAAUGUGGUGCACACUGGCACGAAUGUGGUGCACACUGGCACGAAUGUGGUGCACACUGGCACGAAUGUGGUGCACAGUGGCACGAAUGUGGUGCACACUGGCACGAAUGUGGUGCACACUGGCACGAAUGUGGUGCACAGUGGCACGAAUGUGGUGCACACUGGCACGAAUGUGGUGCACACUAGCACGAAUGUGGUGCACACUGGCACGAAUGUGGUGCACACUGGCACGAAUGUGGUGCACACUGGCACGAAGGUGGUGCACACUGGCACGAAUGUGGUGCACAGUGGCACGAAUGUGGUGCACACUGGCACGAAUGUGGUGCACAGUGGCAUGAAUGUGGUGCACACUGGCACGAAUGUGGUGCACACUGGCACGAAUGUGGUGCACACUGGCACGAAUGUGGUGCACACUGGCACGAAUGUGGUGCACAGUGGCACGAAUGUGGUGCACACUGGCACGAAUGUGGUGCACACUGCCACGAAUGUGGUGCACAGUGGCACGAAUGUGGUGCACAGUGGCACGAAUGUGGUGCACAGUGGCACGAAUGUGGUGCACACUGGCAUGAAUGUGGUGCACACUGGCACGAAUGUGGUGCACACUGGCACGAAUGUGGUGCACACUGGCACGAAUGUGGUGCACACUGGCACGAAUGUGGUGCACAGUGGCACGAAUGUGGUGCACACUGGCACGAAUAUGGUGCACACUGGCACGAAUGUGGUGCACACUGGCACGAAUGUGGUGCACACUGGCACGAAUGUGGUGCACACUGGCACGAAUGUGGUGCACACUGGCACGAAUGUGGUGCACACUGGCACGAAUGUGGUGCACAGUGGCACGAAUGAGGUGCACAUUGGCAUGAAUGUGGUGCACACUAGCACGAAUGUGGUGCACACUGGCACCAAUGUGGUGCACACUGCCACGAAUGUGGUGCACAGUGGCACGAAUGUGGUGCACAGUGGCACGAAUGUGGUGCACAGUGGCACGAAUGUGGUGCACACUGGCACGAAUGUGGUGCACACUGGCACGAAUGUGGUGCUCACUGGCACGAAUGUGGUGCACACUGGCACGAAUGUGGUGCACACUGGCACAAAUGUGGUGCACACUGGCACGAAUGUGGUGCACAGUGGCACGAAUGUGGUGCACACUGGCACGAAUGUGGUGCACACUGGCACGAAUGUGGUGCACAGUGGCACGAAUGUGGUGCACACUGGCACGAAUGUGGUGCACACUGGCACGAAUGUGGUGCACACUGGCACGAAUGUGGUGCACACUGGCACGAAUGUGGUGCACACUGGCACGAAUGUGGUGCACACUAGCACGAAUGUGGUGCACACUGGCACGAAUGUGGUGCACACUGGCACGAAUGUGGUGCACAGUGGCACGAAUGUGGUGCACAGUUGCACGAAUGUGGUGCACACUGGCACGAAUGUGGUGCACACUGGCACGAAUGUGGUGCACAGUGGCACGAAUGUGGUGCACACUGGCACGAAUGUGGUGCACACUAGCACGAAUGUGGUGCACACUGGCACGAAUGUGGUGCACACUGGCACGAAUGUGGUGCACACUGGCACGAAUGUGGUGCACACUGGCACGAAUGUGGUGCACAGUGGCACGAAUGUGGUGCACACUGGCACGAAUGUGGUGCACAGUGGCAUGAAUGUGGUGCACACUGGCACGAAUGUGGUGCACACUGGCACGAAUGUGGUGCACACUGGCACGAAUGUGGUGCACACUGGCACGAAUGUGGUGCACAGUGGCACGAAUGUGGUGCACACUGGCACGAAUGUGGUGCACACUGCCACGAAUGUGGUGCACAGUGGCACGAAUGUGGUGCACAGUGGCACGAAUGUGGUGCACAGUGGCACGAAUGUGGUGCACACUGGCACGAAUGUGGUGCACACUGGCACGAAUGUGGUGCUCACUGGCACGAAUGUGGUGCACACUGGCACGAAUGUGGUGCACACUGGCACAAAUGUGGUGCACACUGGCACGAAUGUGGUGCACAGUGGCACGAAUGUGGUGCACACUGGCACGAAUGUGGUGCACACUGGCACGAAUGUGGUGCACAGUGGCACGAAUGUGGUGCACACUGGCACGAAUGUGGUGCACACUGGCACGAAUGUGGUGCACACUGGCACGAAUGUGGUGCACACUGGCACGAAUGUGGUGCACACUAGCACGAAUGUGGUGCACACUGGCACGAAUGUGGUGCACACUGGCACGAAUGUGGUGCACAGUGGCACGAAUGUGGUGCACAGUGGCACGAAUGUGGUGCACACUGGCACGAAUGUGGUGCACACUGGCACGAAUGUGGUGCACAGUGGCACGAAUGUGGUGCACACUGGCACGAAUGUGGUGCACACUAGCACGAAUGUGGUGCACACUGGCACGAAUGUGGUGCACACUGGCACGAAUGUGGUGCACACUGGCACGAAUGUGGUGCACACUGGCACGAAUGUGGUGCACAGUGGCAUGAAAGUGGUGCACACUGGACCGAAUGUGGUGCACACUGGCACGAAUGUGGUGCACAGUGGCACGAAUGUGGUGCACACUGGCACGAAUGUGGUGCACACUGGCACGAAUGUGGUGCACACUGGCACGAAUGUGGUGCACAGUGGCACGAAUGUGGUGCACACUGCCACGAAUGUGGUGCACACUGGCACGAAUGUGGUGCACACUGGCACGAAUGUGGUGAACACUGGCACGAAUGUGGUGCACACUGGCACGAAUGUGGUGCACACAGGCACGAAUGUGGUGCACAGUGGCACGAAUGUGGUGCACAGUGGCACGAAUGUGGUGCACACUGGCACGAAUGUGGUGCACACUGGCACGAAUGUGGUGCACACUGGCACGAAUGUGGUGCACACUGGCACGAAUGUGGUGCACACUGGCACGAAUGUGGUGCACAGUGGCACGAAUGAGGUGCACAUUGGCACGAAUGUGGUGCACACUUGCACAAAUGUGGUGCACACUGGCACGAAUGUGGUGCACACUGGCACGAAUGUGGUGCACACUGGCACGAAUGUGGUGCACACUGGCACGAAUGUGGUGCACACUAGCACGAAUGUGGUGCACAGUGGCACAAAUGUGGUGCACACUGGCACGAAUGAGGUGCACACUGGCACGAAUGUGGUGCACACUGGCACGAAUGUGGUGCACACUGGCACGAAUGUGGUGCACACUGGCACGAAUGUGGUGCACACUGGCACGAAUGUGGUGCACACUGGCACGAAUGUGGUGCACACUGGCACGAAUGUGGUGCACACUGGCACGAAUGUGGUGCACAGUGGCACGAAUGUGGUGCACACUGGCACGAAUGUGGUGCACACUGGCAUGAAUGUGGUGCACACUGGCACGAAUGUGGUGCACACUGGCACGAAUGUGGUGCACACUGGCACGAAUGUGGUGCACACUGGCACGAAUGUGGUGCACAGUGGCACGAAUGUGGUGCACACUGGCACGAAUAUGGUGCACACUGGCACGAAUGUGGUGCACACUGGCACGAAUGUGGUGCACACUGGCACGAAUGUGGUGCACACUGGCACGAAUGUGGUGCACACUGGCACGAAUGUGGUGCACACUGGCACGAAUGUGGUGCACAGUGGCACGAAUGAGGUGCACAUUAGCACGAAUGUGGUGCACACUGGCACGAAUGUGGUGCACAAUGGCACCAAUGUGGUGCACACUGCCACGAAUGUGGUGCACAGUGGCACGAAUGUGGUGCACAGUGGCACGAAUGUGGUGCACAGUGGCACGAAUGUGGUGCACACUGGCACGAAUGUGGUGCACACUGGCACGAAUGUGGUGCUCACUGGCACGAAUGUGGUGCACACUGGCACGAAUGUGGUGCACACUGGCACAAAUGUGGUGCACACUGGCACGAAUGUGGUGCACAGUGGCACGAAUGUGGUGCACACUGGCACGAAUGUGGUGCACACUGGCACGAAUGUGGUGCACAGUGGCACGAAUGUGGUGCACACUGGCACGAAUGUGGUGCACAGUGGCACGAAUGUGGUGCACACUGGCACGAAUGUGGUGCACACUGGCACGAAUGUGGUGCACACUGGCACGAAUGUGGUGCACACUAGCACAAAUGUGGUGCACACUGGCACGAAUGUGGUGCACACUGGCACGAAUGUGGUGCACAGUGGCACGAAUGUGGUGCACAGUGGCACGAAUGUGGUGCACACUGGCACGAAUGUGGUGCACACUGGCACGAAUGUGGUGCACAGUGGCACGAAUGUGGUGCACACUGGCACGAAUGUGGUGCACACUAGCACGAAUGUGGUGCACACUGGCACGAAUGUGGUGCACACUGGCACGAAUGUGGUGCACACUGGCACGAAUGUGGUGCACACUGGCACGAAUGUGGUGCACAGUGGCACGAAUGUGGUGCACACUGGCACGAAUGUGGUGCACAGUGGCAUGAAUGUGGUGCACACUGGCACGAAUGUGGUGCACACUGGCACGAAUGUGGUGCACACUGGCACGAAUGUGGUGCACACUGGCACGAAUGUGGUGCACAGUGGCACGAAUGUGGUGCACACUGGCACGAAUGUGGUGCACACUGCCACGAAUGUGGUGCACAGUGGCACGAAUGUGGUGCACAGUGGCACGAAUGUGGUGCACAGUGGCACGAAUGUGGUGCACACUGGCACGAAUGUGGUGCACACUGGCACGAAUGUGGUGCUCACUGGCACGAAUGUGGUGCACACUGGCACGAAUGUGGUGCACACUGGCACAAAUGUGGUGCACACUGGCACGAAUGUGGUGCACAGUGGCACGAAUGUGGUGCACACUGGCACGAAUGUGGUGCACACUGGCACGAAUGUGGUGCACAGUGGCACGAAUGUGGUGCACACUGGCACGAAUGUGGUGCACACUGGCACGAAUGUGGUGCACACUGGCACGAAUGUGGUGCACACUGGCACGAAUGUGGUGCACACUGGCACGAAUGUGGUGCACAGUGGCACGAAUGUGGUGCACACUGGCACGAAUGUGGUGCACACUAGCACGAAUGUGGUGCACACUGGCACGAAUGUGGUGCACACUGGCACGAAUGUGGUGCACACUGGCACGAAUGUGGUGCACACUGGCACGAAUGUGGUGCACAGUGGCACGAAUGUGGUGCACACUGGCACGAAUGUGGUGCACAGUGGCAUGAAUGUGGUGCACACUGGCACGAAUGUGGUGCACACUGGCACGAAUGUGGUGCACACUGGCACGAAUGUGGUGCACACUGGCACGAAUGUGGUGCACACUGGCACGAAUGUGGUGCACACUGGCACGAAUGUGGUGCACACUGGCACGAAUGUGGUGCACACUGGCACGAAUGUGGUGCACACUGGCACGAAUGUGGUGCACACUGGCACGAAUGUGGUGCACACUGGCACGAAUGUGGUGCACAGUGGCACGAAUGAGGUGCACAUUGGCACGAAUGUGGUGCACACUGGCACGAAUAUGGUGCACAGUGGCACGAAUGAGGUGCACAUUGGCACGAAUGUGGUGCACACUGGCACGAAUGUGGUGCACACUGGCACGAAUGUGGUGCGCACUGGCACGAAUGUGGUGCACACUGGCACGAAUGUGGUGCACACUGGCACGAAUGUGGUGCACACUGGCACGAAUGUGGUGCACACUGGCACGAAUGUGGUGCACAGUGGCACCAAUGUGGUGCACACUGGCACGAAUGUGGUGCACAGUGGCACGAAUGUGGUGCACACUGGCAAGAAUAAGGUGCACAGUGGCACGAAUGUGGUGCACACUGGCACGAAUGUGGUGCACACUGGCACGAAUGUGGUGCACACAGGCACGAAUGUGGUGCACAGUGGCACGAAUGUGGUGCACAGUGGCACGAAUGUGGUGCACACUGGCACGAAUGUGGUGCACACUGGCACGAAUGUGGUGCACACUGGCACGAAUGUGGUGCACACUGGCACGAAUGUGGUGCACACUGGCACGAAUGUGGUGCACACUAGCACAAAUGUGGUGCACACUGGCACGAAUGUGGUGCACACUGGCACGAAUGUGGUGCACAGUGGCACGAAUGUGGUGCACAGUGGCACGAAUGUGGUGCACACUGGCACGAAUGUGGUGCACACUGGCACGAAUGUGGUGCACAGUGGCACGAAUGUGGUGCACACUGGCACGAAUGUGGUGCACACUAGCACGAAUGUGGUGCACACUGGCACGAAUGUGGUGCACACUGGCACGAAUGUGGUGCACACUGGCACGAAUGUGGUGCACACUGGCACGAAUGUGGUGCACAGUGGCACGAAUGUGGUGCACACUGGCACGAAUGUGGUGCACAGUGGCAUGAAUGUGGUGCACACUGGCACGAAUGUGGUGCACACUGGCACGAAUGUGGUGCACACUGGCACGAAUGUGGUGCACACUGGCACGAAUGUGGUGCACAGUGGCACGAAUGUGGUGCACACUGGCACGAAUGUGGUGCACACUGCCACGAAUGUGGUGCACAGUGGCACGAAUGUGGUGCACAGUGGCACGAAUGUGGUGCACAGUGGCACGAAUGUGGUGCACACUGGCACGAAUGUGGUGCACACUGGCACGAAUGUGGUGCUCACUGGCACGAAUGUGGUGCACACUGGCACGAAUGUGGUGCACACUGGCACAAAUGUGGUGCACACUGGCACGAAUGUGGUGCACAGUGGCACGAAUGUGGUGCACACUGGCACGAAUGUGGUGCACACUGGCACGAAUGUGGUGCACAGUGGCACGAAUGUGGUGCACACUGGCACGAAUGUGGUGCACACUGGCACGAAUGUGGUGCACACUGGCACGAAUGUGGUGCACACUGGCACGAAUGUGGUGCACACUGGCACAAAUGUGGUGCACAGUGGCACGAAUGUGGUGCACACUGGCACGAAUGUGGUGCACACUAGCACGAAUGUGGUGCACACUGGCACGAAUGUGGUGCACACUGGCACGAAUGUGGUGCACACUGGCACGAAUGUGGUGCACACUGGCACGAAUGUGGUGCACAGUGGCACGAAUGUGGUGCACACUGGCACGAAUGUGGUGCACAGUGGCAUGAAUGUGGUGCACACUGGCACGAAUGUGGUGCACACUGGCACGAAUGUGGUGCACACUGGCACGAAUGUGGUGCACACUGGCACGAAUGUGGUGCACAGUGGCACGAAUGUGGUGCACACUGGCACGAAUGUGGUGCACACUGGCACGAAUGUGGUGCACACUGGCACGAAUGUGGUGCACACUGGCACGAAUGUGGUGCACACUGGCACGAAUGUGGUGCACACUGGCACGAAUGUGGUGCACACUGGCACGAAUGUGGUGCACAGUGGCACGAAUGAGGUGCACAUUGGCACGAAUGUGGUGCACACUGGCACGAAUAUGGUGCACAGUGGCACGAAUGAGGUGCACAUUGGCACGAAUGUGGUGCACACUGGCACGAAUGUGGUGCACACUGGCACGAAUGUGGUGCGCACUGGCACGAAUGUGGUGCACACUGGCACGAAUGUGGUGCACACUGGCACGAAUGUGGUGCACACUGGCACGAAUGUGGUGCACACUGGCACGAAUGUGGUGCACAGUGGCACCAAUGUGGUGCACACUGGCACGAAUGUGGUGCACACUGGCACGAAUGUGGUGCACACUGGCACGAAUGUGGUGCACACUGGCACGAAUGUGGUGCACACUGGCACGAAUAAGGUGCACAGUGGCACGAAUGUGGUGCACACUGGCAAGAAUAAGGUGCACAGUGGCACGAAUGUGGUGCACACUGGCACGAAUGUGGUGCACACUGGCACGAAUGUGGUGCACACAGGCACGAAUGUGGUGCACAGUGGCACGAAUGUGGUGCACAGUGGCACGAAUGUGGUGCACACUGGCACGAAUGUGGUGCACACUGGCACGAAUGUGGUGCACACUGGCACGAAUGUGGUGCACACUGGCACGAAUGUGGUGCACACUGGCACGAAUGUGGUGCACACUGGCACGAAUGUGGUGCACACUGGCACGAAUGUGGUGCACACUGGCACGAAUGUGGUGCACACUGGCACGAAUGUGGUGCACACUGGCACGAAUGUGGUGCACACUGGCACGAAUGUGGUGCACACUGGCACGAAUGUGGUGCACACUGGCACGAAUGUGGUGCACACUGGCACGAAUGUGGUGCACACUGGCACGAAUGUGGUGCACAGUGGCACGAAUGUGGUGCACACUGGCACGAAUGUGGUGCACACUAGCACGAAUGUGGUGCACACUGGCACGAAUGUGGUGCACACUGGCACGAAUGUGGUGCACACUGGCACGAAUGUGGUGCACACUGGCACGAAUGUGGUGCACAGUGGCACGAAAGUGGUGCACACUGGCACGAAUGUGGUGCACACUGGCACGAAUGUGGUGCACACUGGCACGAAUGUGGUGCACACUGGCACGAAUGUGGUGCACACUGGCACGAAUGUGGUGCACACUGGCACGAAUGUGGUGCACAGUGGCACGAAUGUGGUGCACACUGCCACGAAUGUGGUGCACACUGGCACGAAUGUGGUGCACACUGGCACGAAUGUGGUGCACACUGGCACGAAUGUGGUGCACACUGGCACGAAUGUGGUGCACACUGGCACGAAUGUGGUGCACACUGGCACGAAUGUGGUGCACAGUGGCACGAAUGAGGUGCACAUUGGCACGAAUGUGGUGCACACUUGCACGAAUGUGGUGCACACUGGCACGAAUGUGGUGCACACUGGCACGAAUGUGGUGCACACUGGCACGAAUGUGGUGCACACUAGCACGAAUGUGGUGCACAGUGGCACAAAUGUGGUGCACACUGGCACGAAUGAGGUGCACACUGGCACGAAUGUGGUGCACACUGGCACGAAUGUGGUGCACACUGGCACGAAUGUGGUGCACACUGGCACGAAUGUGGUGCACACUGGCACGAAUGUGGUGCACACUGGCACGAAUGUGGUGCACACUGGCACGAAUGUGGUGCACACUGGCACGAAUGUGGUGCACAGUGGCACGAAUGUGGUGCACACUGGCACGAAUGUGGUGCACACUAGCAUGAAUGUGGUGCACACUGGCACGAAUGUGGUGCACACUGGCACGAAUGUGGUGCACACUGGCACGAAUGUGGUGCACACUGGCACGAAUGUGGUGCACAGUGGCACGAAUGUGGUGCACACUGGCACAAAUGUGGUGCACACUGGCAUGAAUGUGGUGCACACUGGCACGAAUGUGGUGCACACUGGCACGAAUGUGGUGCACACUGGCACGAAUGUGGUGCACACUGGCACGAAUGUGGUGCACAGUGGCACGAAUGUGGUGCACACUGGCACGAAUAUGGUGCACACUGGCACGAAUGUGGUGCACACUGGCACGAAUGUGGUGCACACUGGCACGAAUGUGGUGCACACUGGCACGAAUGUGGUGCACACUGGCACGAAUGUGGUGCACACUGGCACGAAUGUGGUGCACAGUGGCACGAAUGAGGUGCACAUUGGCACGAAUGUGGUGCACACUAGCACGAAUGUGGUGCACACUGGCACCAAUGUGGUGCACACUGCCACGAAUGUGGUGCACAGUGGCACGAAUGUGGUGCACAGUGGCACGAAUGUGGUGCACAGUGGCACGAAUGUGGUGCACACUGGCACGAAUGUGGUGCACACUGGCACGAAUGUGGUGCUCACUGGCACGAAUGUGGUGCACACUGGCACGAAUGUGGUGCACACUGGCACAAAUGUGGUGCACACUGGCACGAAUGUGGUGCACAGUGGCACGAAUGUGGUGCACACUGGCACGAAUGUGGUGCACACUGGCACGAAUGUGGUGCACAGUGGCACGAAUGUGGUGCACACUGGCACGAAUGUGGUGCACACUGGCACGAAUGUGGUGCACACUGGCACGAAUGUGGUGCACACUGGCACGAAUGUGGUGCACACUGGCACGAAUGUGGUGCACACUAGCACGAAUGUGGUGCACACUGGCACGAAUGUGGUGCACACUGGCACGAAUGUGGUGCACAGUGGCACGAAUGUGGUGCACAGUGGCACGAAUGUGGUGCACACUGGCACGAAUGUGGUGCACACUGGCACGAAUGUGGUGCACAGUGGCACGAAUGUGGUGCACAGUGGCACGAAUGUGGUGCACACUGGCACGAAUGUGGUGCACACUGGCACGAAUGUGGUGCACACUGGCACGAAUGUGGUGCACACUGGCACGAAUGUGGUGCACACUGGCACGAAUGUGGUGCACACUGGCACGAAUGUGGUGCACACUGGCACGAAUGUGGUGCACACUGGCACGAAUGUGGUGCACACUGGCACGAAUGUGGUGCACACUGGCACGAAUGUGGUGCACACUGGCACGAAUGUGGUGCACACUGGCACGAAUGUGGUGCACACUGGCACGAAUGUGGUGCACACUGGCACGAAUGUGGUGCACACUGGCACGAAUAUGGUGCACAAUGGCACGAAUGUGGUGCACACUGGCACGAAUGUGGUGCACACUGGCACGAAUGUGGUGCACAGUGGCACGAAUGUGGUGCACACUGGCACGAAUGUGGUGCACACUGGCACGAAUGUGGUGCACACUGGCACGAAUGUGGUGCACACUGGCACGAAUGUGGUGCACACUGGCACGAAUGUGGUGCACACUGGCACGAAUGUGGUGCACACUGGCACGAAUGUGGUGCACAGUGGCACGAAUGAGGUGCACAUUGGCACGAAUGUGGUGCACACUGGCACGAAUGUGGUGCACAGUGGCACGAAUGAGGUGCACAUUGGCACGAAUGUGGUGCACACUGGCACGAAUAUGGUGCACAGUGGCACGAAUAUGGUGCACACUGGCACGAAUGUGGUGCACACUGGCACGAAUGUGGUGCACACUGGCACGAAUGUGGUGCACACUGGCACGAAUGUGGUGCACAGUGGCACGAAUGUGGUGCACACUGGCACGAAUGUGGUGCACACUAGCACGAAUGUGGUGCACACUGGCACGAAUGUGGUGCACACUGGCACGAAUGUGGUGCACACUGGCACGAAUGUGGUGCACACUGGCACGAAUGUGGUGCACAGUGGCACGAAUGUGGUGCACACUGGCACGAAUGUGGUGCACAGUGGCAUGAAUGUGGUGCACACUGGCACGAAUGUGGUGCACACUGGCACGAAUGUGGUGCACACUGGCACGAAUGUGGUGCACACUGGCACGAAUGUGGUGCACAGUGGCACGAAUGUGGUGCACACUGGCACGAAUGUGGUGCACACUGGCACGAAUGUGGUGCACACUGGCACGAAUGUGGUGCACACUGGCACGAAUGUGGUGCACACUGGCACGAAUGUGGUGCACACUGGCACGAAUGUGGUGCACACUGGCACGAAUGUGGUGCACACUGGCACAAAUGUGGUGCACACUGGCACGAAUGUGGUGCACAGUGGCAUGAAUGUGGUGCACACUGGCACGAAUGUGGUGCACACUGGCACGAAUGUGGUGCACAGUGGCACGAAUGUGGUGCACACUGGCACGAAUGUGGUGCACACUGGCACGAAUGUGGUGCACACUGGCACGAAUGUGGUGCACACUGGCACGAAUGUGGUGCACACUGGCACGAAUGUGGUGCACACUAGCACGAAUGUGGUGCACACUGGCACGAAUGUGGUGCACACUGGCACGAAUGUGGUGCACAGUGGCACGAAUGUGGUGCACAGUGGCACAAAUGUGGUGCACACUGGCACGAAUGUGGUGCACACUGGCACGAAUGUGGUGCACAGUGGCACGAAUGUGGUGCACACUGGCACGAAUGUGGUGCACACUAGCACGAAUGUGGUGCACACUGGCACGAAUGUGGUGCACACUGGCACGAAUGUGGUGCACACUGGCACGAAUGUGGUGCACACUGGCACAAAUGUGGUGCACAGUGGCACGAAUGUGGUGCACACUGGCACGAAUGUGGUGCACAGUGGCAUGAAUGUGGUGCACACUGGCACGAAUGUGGUGCACACUGGCACGAAUGUGGUGCACACUGGCACGAAUGUGGUGCACACUGGCACGAAUGUGGUGCACAGUGGCACGAAUGUGGUGCACACUGGCACGAAUGUGGUGCACACUGCCACGAAUGUGGUGCACAGUGGCACGAAUGUGGUGCACAGUGGCACGAAUGUGGUGCACAGUGGCACGAAUGUGGUGCACACUGGCACGAAUGUGGUGCACACUGGCACGAAUGUGGUGCUCACUGGCACGAAUGUGGUGCACACUGGCACGAAUGUGGUGCACACUGGCACAAAUGUGGUGCACACUGGCACGAAUGUGGUGCACAGUGGCACGAAUGUGGUGCACACUGGCACGAAUGUGGUGCACACUGGCACGAAUGUGGUGCACAGUGGCACGAAUGUGGUGCACACUGGCACGAAUGUGGUGCACACUGGCACGAAUGUGGUGCACACUGGCACGAAUGUGGUGCACACUGGCACGAAUGUGGUGCACACUGGCACGAAUGUGGUGCACAGUGGCACGAAUGUGGUGCACACUGGCACGAAUGUGGUGCACACUAGCACGAAUGUGGUGCACACUGGCACGAAUGUGGUGCACACUGGCACGAAUGUGGUGCACACUGGCACGAAUGUGGUGCACACUGGCACGAAUGUGGUGCACAGUGGCACGAAUGUGGUGCACACUGGCACGAAUGUGGUGCACAGUGGCAUGAAUGUGGUGCACACUGGCACGAAUGUGGUGCACACUGGCACGAAUGUGGUGCACACUGGCACGAAUGUGGUGCACACUGGCACGAAUGUGGUGCACAGUGGCACGAAUGUGGUGCACAGUGGCACGAAUGUGGUGCACACUGGCACGAAUGUGGUGCACACUGGCACGAAUGUGGUGCACACUGGCACGAAUGUGGUGCACACUGGCACGAAUGUGGUGCACACUGGCACGAAUGUGGUGCACACUGGCACGAAUGUGGUGCACACUGGCACGAAUGUGGUGCACAGUGGCACGAAUGAGGUGCACAUUGGCACGAAUGUGGUGCACACUGGCACGAAUAUGGUGCACAGUGGCACGAAUGAGGUGCACAUUGGCACGAAUGUGGUGCACACUGGCACGAAUGUGGUGCACACUGGCACGAAUGUGGUGCGCACUGGCACGAAUGUGGUGCACACUGGCACGAAUGUGGUGCACACUGGCACGAAUGUGGUGCACACUGGCACGAAUGUGGUGCACACUGGCACGAAUGUGGUGCACAGUGGCACCAAUGUGGUGCACACUGGCACGAAUGUGGUGCACACUGGCACGAAUGUGGUGCACACUGGCAAGAAUGUGGUGCACACUGGCACGAAUGUGGUGCACACUGGCACGAAUGUGGUGCACACUGGCACGAAUGUGGUGCACACUGGCACGAAUAAGGUGCACAGUGGCACGAAUGUGGUGCACACUGGCACGAAUGUGGUGCACACUGGCACGAAUGUGGUGCACACAGGCACGAAUGUGGUGCACAGUGGCACGAAUGAGGUGCACAGUGGCACGAAUGUGGUGCACACUGGCACGAAUGUGGUCCACACUGGCACGAAUGUGGUGCACACUGGCACGAAUGUGGUGCACACUGGCACGAAUGUGGUGCACACUGGCACGAAUGUGGUGCACACUGGCACGAAUGUGGUGCACACUGGCACGAAUGUGGUGCACACUGGCACGAAUGUGGUGCACACUGGCACGAAUGUGGUGCACACUGGCACGAAUGUGGUGCACACUGGCACGAAUGUGGUGCACACUGGCACGAAUGUGGUGCACACUGGCACGAAUGUGGUGCACACUGGCACGAAUGUGGUGCACACUGGCACGAAUGUGGUGCACACUGGCACGAAUGUGGUGCACACUGGCACGAAUGUGGUGCACACUGGCACGAAUGUGGUGCACACUGGCACGAAUGUGGUGCACACUGGCACGAAUGUGGUGCACACUGGCACGAAUGUGGUGCACACUGGCACGAAUGUGGUGCACACUGGCACGAAUGUGGUGCACACUUGCACGAGUGUGGUGCACACUGGCACGAAUGUGGUGCACAGUGGAACGAAUGUGGUGCACACUGGCACGAAUGUGGUGCACACUGGCACGAAUGUGGUGCACAGUGGCAUGAAUGUGGUGCACACUGGCACGAAUGUGGUGCACACUGGCACGAAUGUGGUGCACACUGGCACGAAUGUGGUGCACACUGGCACGAAUAAGGUGCACAGUGGCACGAAUGUGGUGCACACUGGCAAGAAUGUGGUGCACACUGCCAUGAAUGUGGUGCACAGUGGCACGAAUGUGGUGCACACUGGCACGAAUGUGGUGCACACUGGCACGAAUGUGGUGCACACUGCCACGAAUGUGGUGCACACUGGCACAAAUGUGGUGCACACUGGCACGAAUGUGGUGCACACUGGCACGAAUGUGGUGCACACUGGCACGAAUGUGGUGCACGCUGGCACGAAUGUGGUGCACACUGGCACGAAUGUGGUGCACACUGGGACGAAUGUGGUGCACACUGGCACGAAUGUGGUGCACAGUGGCACGAAUGUGGUGCACACUGGCACGAAUGUGGUGCACACUGGCACGAAUGUGGUGCACACUGGCACGAAUGUGGUGCACAGUGGCACGAAUGUGGUGCACACUGGCACGAAUGUGGUGCACACUGGCACGAAUGUGGUGCACACUGGCACGAAUGUGGUGCACACUGGCACGAAUGUGGUGCACACUGGCACGAAUGUGGUGCACAGUGGCACGAAUGUGGUGCACACUGGCACGAAUGUGGUGCACACUAGCACGAAUGUGGUGCACACUGGCACGAAUGUGGUGCACACUGGCACGAAUGUGGUGCACACUGGCACGAAUGUGGUGCACACUGGCACGAAUGUGGUGCACAGUGGCACGAAUGUGGUGCACACUGGCACGAAUGUGGUGCACAGUGGCAUGAAUGUGGUGCACACUGGCACGAAUGUGGUGCACACUGGCACGAAUGUGGUGCACACUGGCACGAAUGUGGUGCACACUGGCACGAAUGUGGUGCACAGUGGCACGAAUGUGGUGCACACUGGCACGAAUGUGGUGCACACUGGCACGAAUGUGGUGCACACUGGCACGAAUGUGGUGCACACUGGCACGAAUGUGGUGCACACUGGCACGAAUGUGGUGCACACUGGCACGAAUGUGGUGCACACUGGCACGAAUGUGGUGCACAGUGGCACGAAUGAGGUGCACAUUGGCACGAAUGUGGUGCACACUGGCACGAAUAUGGUGCACAGUGGCACGAAUGAGGUGCACAUUGGCACGAAUGUGGUGCACACUGGCACGAAUGUGGUGCACACUGGCACGAAUGUGGUGCGCACUGGCACGAAUGUGGUGCACACUGGCACGAAUGUGGUGCACACUGGCACGAAUGUGGUGCACACUGGCACGAAUGUGGUGCACACUGGCACGAAUGUGGUGCACAGUGGCACCAAUGUGGUGCACACUGGCACGAAUGUGGUGCACACUGGCACGAAUGUGGUGCACACUGGCAAGAAUGUGGUGCACACUGGCACGAAUGUGGUGCACACUGGCACGAAUGUGGUGCACACUGGCACGAAUGUGGUGCACACUGGCACGAAUAAGGUGCACAGUGGCACGAAUGUGGUGCACACUGGCACGAAUGUGGUGCACACUGGCACGAAUGUGGUGCACACAGGCACGAAUGUGGUGCACAGUGGCACGAAUGUGGUGCACAGUGGCACGAAUGUGGUGCACACUGGCACGAAUGUGGUGCACACUGGCACGAAUGUGGUGCACACUGGCACGAAUGUGGUGCACACUGGCACGAAUGUGGUGCACACUGGCACGAAUGUGGUGCACACUGGCACGAAUGUGGUGCACACUGGCACGAAUGUGGUGCACACUGGCACGAAUGUGGUGCACACUGGCACGAAUGUGGUGCACACUGGCACGAAUGUGGUGCACACUGGCACGAAUGUGGUGCACACUGGCACGAAUGUGGUGCACACUGGCACGAAUGUGGUGCACACUGGCACGAAUGUGGUGCACACUGGCACGAAUGUGGUGCACACUGGCACGAAUGUGGUGCACACUGGCACGAAUGUGGUGCACACUGGCACGAAUGUGGUGCACACUGGCACGAAUGUGGUGCACACUGGCACGAAUGUGGUGCACACUGGCACGAAUGUGGUGCACACUGGCACGAAUGUGGUGCACACUGGCACGAAUGUGGUGCACACUGGCACGAAUGUGGUGCACACUGGCACGAAUGUGGUGCACACUUGCACGAGUGUGGUGCACACUGGCACGAAUGUGGUGCACAGUGGAACGAAUGUGGUGCACACUGGCACGAAUGUGGUGCACACUGGCACGAAUGUGGUGCACAGUGGCAUGAAUGUGGUGCACACUGGCACGAAUGUGGUGCACACUGGCACGAAUGUGGUGCACACUGGCACGAAUGUGGUGCACACUGGCACGAAUAAGGUGCACAGUGGCACGAAUGUGGUGCACACUGGCAAGAAUGUGGUGCACACUGCCAUGAAUGUGGUGCACAGUGGCACGAAUGUGGUGCACACUGGCACGAAUGUGGUGCACACUGGCACGAAUGUGGUGCACACUGCCACGAAUGUGGUGCACACUGGCACAAAUGUGGUGCACACUGGCACGAAUGUGGUGCACACUGGCACGAAUGUGGUGCACACUGGCACGAAUGUGGUGCACGCUGGCACGAAUGUGGUGCACACUGGCACGAAUGUGGUGCACACUGGGACGAAUGUGGUGCACACUGGCACGAAUGUGGUGCACAGUGGCACGAAUGUGGUGCACACUGGCACGAAUGUGGUGCACACUGGCACGAAUGUGGUGCACACUGGCACGAAUGUGGUGCACAGUGGCACGAAUGUGGUGCACACUGGCACGAAUGUGGUGCACACUGGCACGAAUGUGGUGCACACUGGCACGAAUGUGGUGCACAGUGGCACGAAUGUGGUGCACACUGGCACGAAUGUGGUGCGCACUGGCACGAAUGUGGUGCACACUGGCACGAAUGUGGUGCACACUGGCACGAAUGUGGUGCACACUGGCACGAAUGUGGUGCACACUGGCACGAAUGUGGUGCACAGUGGCACGAAUGUGGUGCACACUGGCACGAAUGUGGUGCACACUGGCACGAAUGUGGUGCACAGUGGCAUGAAUGUGGUGCACACUGGCACGAAUGUGGUGCACACUGGCACGAAUGUGGUGCACACUGGCACGAAUGUGGUGCACACUGGCACGAAUAAGGUGCACAGUGGCACGAAUGUGGUGCACACUGGCAAGAAUGUGGUGCACACUGCCACGAAUGUGGUGCACAGUGGCACGAAUGUGGUGCACACUGGCACGAAUGUGGUGCACACUGGCACGAAUGUGGUGCACACUGCCACGAAUGUGGUGCACACUGGCACGAAUGUGGUGCACACUGGCACGAAUGUGGUGCACACUGGCACGAAUGUGGUGCACACUGGCACGAAUGUGGUGCACGCUGGCACGAAUGUGGUGCACACUGGCACGAAUGUGGUGCACACUGGCACGAAUGUGGUGCACACUGGCAGGAAUGUGGUGCACACUGGCACGAAUAAGGUGCACAGUGGCACGAAUGUGGUGCACACUGGCAAGAAUGUGGUGCACACUGCCACGAAUGUGGUGCACAGUGGCACGAAUGUGGUGCACACUGGCACGAAUGUGGUGCACACUGGCACGAAUGUGGUGCACACUGGCACGAAUGUGGUGCACACUGGCACGAAUGUGGUGCACACUGGCACGAAUGUGGUGCGCACUGGCACGAAUGUGGUGCACACUGGCACGAAUGUGGUGCACAGUGGCACGAAUGUGGUGCACAGUGGCACGAAUGUGGUGCACACUGGCACGAAUGUGGUGCACACUGGCACGAAUGUGGUGCACACUGGCACGAAUGUGGUGCACACUGGCACGAAUGUGGUGCACACUGGCACGAAUGUGGUGCACACUGGCACGAAUGUGGUGCACACUGGCACGAAUGUGGUGCGCACUGGCACGAAUGUGGUGCACACUGGCACGAAUGUGGUGCACAGUGGCACGAAUGUGGUGCACACUGGCACGAAUGUGGUGCACACUGGCACGAAUGUGGUGCACACUGGCACGAAUGUGGUGCACACUGGCACGAAUGUGGUGCACACUGGCACGAAUGUGGUGCACACUGGCACGAAUGUGGUGCACACUGGCACGAAUGUGGUGCACACUGGCACGAAUGUGGUGCACAGUGGCACGAAUGUGUGGAUGGCAGCACAACAGGUCGCCAGCAGCACUCACUCAGCAGGUCGCCAGCAGCACUCACUCAGCAGGUCGCGUGCCGCCGCAGAGAGGCCGACGUGCACCGCAGCGUCCACAGGCCGCCCAUCCGCCCCCUCGCCCGCUGCUGCACCCGCAGCAGCAGCAGCAGCAGCAGCGUCGCCACGCGGGUCAGGCAUGGCGAGUAGCGCAGCGGGGCAGGUGUGCGCCAGCAGGCGCAUGCUGGCAGGCGUCCUGCAGAGGGGGGGAGCAGAUGGAGGGGCGAGCGGAGGCAUGAGGGUUGGCCGUGGGGAGGCGUCAGGGAAGGAAGUGUUUCAAUGCCCUUAUGAACAACCACUGGCUCUCCACCUCAGAGGUUAUUUAACUUGGAAGGUUGACCCAGUUCACGGAGGAAGGUUGACCCAGUUCACGGAGGAAGGUUGA